GUGGUUUAGGUGUAGUUACUACUGAUUUACUUCAGAAAAAUGAUCUUAGUGAAGUUAAACAACAUGAAGCUAACUGUGAGUAUAGAAACUGUAAAACAAAAACACAAGAACUGUCCAACAAUAACUAUGUUAUUAUAAAACAUGCACAUUAUUAUUAUAUUACAAAUAUGCAAUUUUCUAAAAUAGAGUCUUAA